AUGGGUCCUGCCGAGCUGGGCCCACUCAGGGGCCAACAGCCCGGCCUGGCCUUGAUUGACUUGGAGCCAGAAGGGAGAGUGUAUGUCAUCAUAGACCUUUCAGGAUCGUCAGGUGAAGCACCCAAAGACAAUGAGGAACGUGUGUUCCGGGAACGUAUGCGCCCCAGAAAACGGCAGGGUGCUGUGCGACGCAGAGUACAUCAGGUUAAUGGACACAAGUUUAUGGCCACCUAUCUUAGACAACCAACGUAUUGUUCGCACUGCAGAGAUUUUAUAUGGGGUGUGAUAGGAAAACAGGGAUACCAAUGUCAAGUUUGCACUUGUGUAGUCCACAAGAGAUGCCAUGAACUUAUAAUAACGAAGUGUGCUGGCUUAAAAAAACAGGAAACUCACGAUGAGCAAGUGGGAUCCCAGCGUUUCAGUGUCAACAUGCCUCACAAGUUCAGCAUUCACAAUUACAAAGUGCCCACCUUCUGUGACCACUGUGGUUCAUUGCUCUGGGGUCUUUUGAGACAAGGUUUACAAUGCAAAGUUUGCAAGAUGAAUGUACAUCGACGCUGUGAAACAAAUGUGGCACCAAACUGUGGAGUGGAUGCUAGAGGCAUAGCUAAAGUUCUUGCAGAUCUUGGAGUCACUCCAGAUAAGAUCACUAAUAGCGGGCAGAGGAGGAAAAAGCUAAUUGCAGGCGCAGAGACUCAACAACCAGUUCCUGGAAGCGCAUCAUCAGAAGAAGAUAGGUCAAAGUCAGCACCGACUUCUCCAUGUGAUCAAGAAAUCAAAGAGCUGGAAAACAACAUUAGGAAAGCAUUAUCAUUCGACAAUCGGGGAGAAGAACACAGAGCAACAGCUACAACGUCAGCAGACAACCAGCUCAACAAACCUGGGGAGAAUGGUGAAAAUGGGGAGGUCAAACAGGCCCAGACCAAGCGAAUAGGCCUUGAAGAGUUCAACUUCAUAAAAGUAUUAGGGAAAGGCAGCUUUGGCAAGGUAAUGUUAGCUGAACUAAAAGGAAAAGAUGAAGUAUAUGCAGUGAAAGUCUUGAAGAAAGAUGUCAUACUUCAAGAUGACGAUGUAGACUGUACAAUGACAGAGAAGAGAAUUCUGGCAUUAGCACGGAAACAUCCAUACCUAACACAACUGUACUGCUGCUUCCAGACAAAGGACCGCCUCUUUUUCGUCAUGGAAUAUGUAAAUGGAGGAGACCUAAUGUUUCAAAUCCAACGUUCACGCAAAUUUGACGAACCUCGAUCCCGCUUUUACGCAGCAGAGGUCACAUCAGCACUCAUGUUUCUUCACCAACAUGGCGUCAUCUACAGGGACCUGAAACUGGACAAUAUUCUUCUGGAUGCAGAAGGCCACUGUAAACUGGCUGAUUUUGGGAUGUGCAAAGAAGGGAUUCUGAAUGGAGUGACCACCACAACCUUUUGUGGCACACCUGACUAUAUAGCUCCAGAGAUCCUCCAGGAGUUAGAAUACGGCCCAUCAGUAGACUGGUGGGCAUUGGGUGUUCUCAUGUAUGAAAUGAUGGCUGGGCAGCCCCCCUUUGAAGCUGACAACGAAGAUGAUCUCUUUGAAUCCAUCCUUCACGAUGAUGUCUUGUAUCCAGUCUGGCUCAGUAAAGAAGCUGUCAGCAUUUUAAAAGCAUUCAUGACAAAAAACCCAAAUAAGCGACUUGGCUGUGUGGCGUCACAAAACGGGGAAGAUGCGAUUAAGCAGCAUCCGUUUUUCAAGGAAAUAGACUGGGUUCUUCUAGAACAAAGGAAAAUCAAGCCACCCUUCAAACCUCGGAUUAAAACCAAAAGGGAUGUAAAUAACUUUGACCAAGACUUUACACGAGAAGAACCAGUAUUAACGCUGGUGGAUGAGACAAUUAUAAAACAAAUCAAUCAAGAAGAAUUUAAAGGGUUCUCUUAUUUUGGAGAAGAGCUACUGCCAUAG